AGAAAAAAGAAAAAGCAGUCACCCCGUCGGUCUUCUUAGAAGUGCUAAAUAUAGAGAGUGAUGAGGUAUAAGAGGCAGGGACCAGGACACAUCGUAUCAGAUCUCCUCCUGAAACAUCUCAAACCUCUGGACCAUCAUCAUCAUCAUCAUCAUCAUCAUCAUCAUCAUGAAGAAGAGUCUGAGCUUCAUCGUGGGUCUGAUGCUGCUGCUGUUUACCGUUCAACGCUGCAGCUCAAAUCCAGUUGCCCUGAGUCAGAUCCCUCCUAAACAGUGCUGCUUUGAGUUCCUUUCGGGGGCGAUUCCACGUCGAAACAUAGCCUCCAUCAGCACCACAGACAGUCGAUGCUCUGAACCAGCGCUUGUGAUCACGACUGUGAAAAACAAAGAGUUCUGUGUGAGGCAGAGUUCUACCUGGGCACAAAAAGUUUAUGAAGAAGCACUCAACUUCCAGAUCUGAUGUCAACUCAUCUCACAGCGUCUUUAAUUCUCUGUAAUGAAGCUCUCUGUUCUCUUUCUGCUUUUCUGUGGAUGUUAAACCACUUUGUGCACGUCUGUUUUCUCUGUUCUGUUCAAUAAUGAUUUGGAAUAAAAAUGAAAAUGAUUCUUCUGGAAAA